AUGCUGCGGAGAAUCAACCCCCAACAAGCAAACACGUCAGAACAGCUCACCUGUCACACGUGGAAAGCUUGGUUGGCCUGUAUUGCAGGGAUGGAUGGAUUGCUGUUAGAUGACAUCGUGCAUGAUGUCCAGCUGAUUAUGACAAGAAUGGUUACGCGAACCGCGAACCUCACGAGUUGGUGGGCGGACGGACGGACAGCAGCUGAACCAGCUACGGGUGACAGUGGCGUCAGCCGUGUGUGGGACGGUAACUACUCCAAUCAUCCAACAGCAAAUUAUAUCCUCUGGACAAUAGAAGGUAUUGAGUGCAUAGAUGGAGCUGACAAAAAGAGCACAAUGACGCGAGUUGAUUUGAAAGUAGUGUUAUUGGGAAGUGAAUAUGUGGGGAAAACUAGUUUAAUGGAUCGAUAUGUGAAUGAUCGUUUUCGAGGAAAUACACCUUAUCAAAACACCAUUGGAGCUGCCUUUGCAGCGAAACCUGUUGAAGCAAAAGGCAAAAGAUUUGUGAUAGGAAUAUGGGACACUGCUGGAAGUGAAAGGUAUGAGGCCAUGAGUCGCAUCUAUUAUAGAGGUGCGAAAGCUGCCAUUGUUUGUUAUGAUAUUAACAACUCUACUUCAUGGGACCGUGCAAAGUUUUGGAUUUCAGAAUUGAGAAGAUUUGAAGAGGAAUGUAAAAUUUAUCUUUGUGCUACAAAACUUGAUACUACUAGUGAUAGUUCUAAUGUGCGUGCAAUAAAAUAUGAAAAAGCAAUUAAAUAUGCUGAUGGAAUCAUGGCAAAAUAUGUGGAAACUUCUAGUAAAACAGGAGAGAAUGUUGACACGCUAUUUAAUAUGAUAGCUGAAGAUUAUAUAUCAAAUCCUGAAAACAUGAAACAAGUGGAAGAAACUAUUUGUUUAACAGCCAAAGAUAAAAGAUCUAGUUGCUGUAUUGGGGGAUCAUGACUUUUGUGUAUGCUAGAUAAAAUAGUACAUACGAUUCUGCUAUAAUUGUGAUGAAAUACCAGAAGGCUGUGAGUGACUUUUAUUCUUUUAACUGGCAAUCAUGUUUGAAAUGUGUAUUUAUUGGCCUUGACACGCUAUGAUAUAUGCCUACACUUUCUUGGCACCGUUAUUCUUGAAAAAGCUAUGUACUUCGAACAAAUCAUAUGUAUUAACAUUUUUACUUGAUUUACUCAUAAAUUCUACUUGAGUUGUGCUGGAAGAGUUAAAGGUAAUUUAAGAACAUGCUUCUGUGAAUGCAAUGUAAUAUAUUAAAAUGUACAGAUGUCAGUCUUAUAAAUGAUUUGUACAAUAUUUGAAUACAAUAAAAUACUUUAUAUAUUAUCUUUGAAAUAAUACACAUAUGUAACAGAUUAAAACAUUACAAUAUCAAUAAUAAUACUUAAUUUAUUCAAUUUGCAUGUGAUGACAAUUCACAUCUGCUCUCAUCUAUAACUUGGAAUAUCACAGAAUAUUAAUACUGAUGCAAGGAGUUGCAUACUUUUCUACCUUUUAUGAAUUUCCUCACUUUACAAUUGAUUAAUUAGCAAGGAGAAACUGUUACUGAUUCAUAAAUGUAAUCAAAACAGUGGACCUCAAAAGGCAUACAAAAGUAGAAUAUAUGUGGAUUUGUUAAGUCUUCAACAUUCAAAAUUCCACUAAACCUGAAAUGUUGCAAUUGAUUGUUAUUUUAGUGUUUGACACAUUAUAUAUUAUUCAGUCUUUUAUAUUAGAACGUUAAUAUUUUUCCACUUCUGACAUAACACUUGUAAAUAUUAUGUAUUAGUUCACAAAAUCAAAUUUAAACAUUUGUUGUUGUUGUAGUUUUUUUUUUUUGUGUU